AUGACCAGAAGUACUAGCAGUAGCAGUAGCACUAGCAACAAUAGGAGUCAACUUUCAAGCGAUGAGGAUGAUAUUCCACUCUCCCAAACAGCUUUAAUUAAGAAUCAAAGUCCGGAAUCCUCAGAACAAACAUCUGUAAAGAAUGAGACAGAUUAUGAUAGUGAUGAUGUGUUGGCAAGACAACAUAAAAAGAGAAAACUGAAAAAGAUUAAGGAAGAAGAAGACAAUAAAAAUGCUGCUCUUAAAAAUUCUAAUAAGAAAAGAAAAUCUAUGAAGAAAGAUGAAUUGAAAGAAGACCUAAAAGGAGAAGAAGAAGAAGAGGAGGAAGAUGAAGAUAACGAAUAUAAAUGGUGGGAAGGACAGAAUGAUGAUGACGACACAAUCAAAUGGCAUUCUUUAAUUCAUAAUGGUGUCCUUUUCCCACCAGAUUAUAAUCCAUUACCGGCACAUAUUAAACUUUAUUAUGAUGGUAAACCUGUAGAUUUACCACUAGAUGCCGAAGAAGUGGCUGGUUUUUAUGCUGCUCUUCUAGAAACUGAUCAUGGUAAAAAUCCUGUUUUCCAAAAAAAUUUCUUUAAUGAUUUUUUACAAGUUCUUAAAGAAACUGGAGGAACAUUAAAUAAUGUGGAAAUUAAAGAUUUCGAAAAAUGCGAUUUUAGUAAGAUUCAUGCUUUUUUCCAAUUACAAAAGGACCAAAAGAAGCAGUUAUCUGCACAGGAAAGAAAACAAUUGAGGUUAGAAAAGGAAAAAUUUGAGGAACCAUUCAAAUUUUGUGAAUUGGAUGGUAGGAAAGAACAAGUAGGUAAUUUCAGGGUAGAACCUCCUGAUCUUUUUAGAGGCCGUGGUGCACAUCCAAAGACAGGUAAAUUAAAAAGAAGAGUUCAUGCGGAAGAUAUCGUACUGAAUUUGAGCAAAAACGCUCCAAUUCCUCCUCCUCCUGAAGGUCAUAGAUGGGGUGAAAUUAGACAUGAUAAUACUGUUCAAUGGUUAGCAAUGUGGAGAGAAAAUAUUUUUAAUUCAUUCAAAUAUGUCAGAUUAGCAGCCAAUUCUUCCUUGAAGGGACAAUCUGAUUAUAAAAAAUUCGAAAAGGCCAGACAGCUCAAAUCUCACAUUGAUGCGAUAAGAAAAGAUUAUAGAAAAAAUCUUAAAAGUAAAGUCAUGCUAGAACGUCAAAAAGCAGUUGCAAUUUAUCUUAUUGACGUUUUUGCAUUAAGAGCAGGUGGCGAAAAGUCCGAAGAUGAAGCUGAUACUGUUGGUUGCUGUUCAUUAAGAUAUGAGCACGUUACUUUGAAACCACCAAACACAGUAAUUUUUGAUUUUUUAGGUAAAGAUUCAAUUAGAUUUUACCAAGAAGUAGAAGUUGAUAAACAAGUUUUCAAGAAUUUGGCAAUUUUCAAAAGACCACCAAAACAACCGGGCCAUCAAUUGUUCGACCGCUUAGACCCAUCCAUUUUAAAUAAAUAUUUGCAAAACUAUAUGCCUGGGUUGACUGCAAAAGUGUUUCGUACUUAUAACGCAUCCAAGACUAUGCAAGAUCAACUUGAUUUGAUUCCAAAUAAAGGUAGUGUGGCAGAAAAAUUACUGAAGUAUAACGCAGCAAACAGAACUGUUGCAAUAUUAUGUAACCAUCAAAGAACGGUCACAAAGGGCCAUGCAUUAUCUGUAGAAAGGGCAAAUAUGAAAAUAAAAGAAUUAAUUUGGCAAAAGAUAAGAUUAAAGAAAGCGAUUUUACAAAUGGAACCUACGAUUUUUGAAAAGGAGCCAAAAUAUUUCAAAGAAAUUGAGGAUUUAACCAAAGAAGAAGAGGAAGAGAUCCAUAAAAAAAUUAUUGAAAAGGAAAACGAUAGGUACAGAAAAAAGUUUGUACGAGAAAACGACAAAAAGAAAUUCGAAAAUGAAGAACUCUUGGAAGAAAAGGUCUUGACGGAAUGGUUGGAUAAAGUUAACGAUUUGAAGUUGCAAUACGAAAAGGAAUUGAAGGGUGGGACAAUCGAAUUAAAACCAAGUCUUAAUACUGUUGAGAAAAUCAAAACACAAAUAGAAAAAUUGGAACAAAGAAUUCAAAUCAGUUCCAUCCAAUUAAAAGACAAAGAGGAAAACUCGGAAGUCUCAUUGGGUACAUCAAAGGUCAACUAUAUUGAUCCGAGACUUUCAGUUGUAUUUUGUAAAAAAUAUAAUGUUCCAAUAGAGAAGAUAUUUACCAAGGCGCUAAGAGAUAAAUUCAAAUGGGCUAUUGAGUCAGUCGAUGAGGAGUGGAGAUUCUGA